AUGCGACGAGACGGUGUCCGAAGCGCGGUCAUGCUGGCCUCCGUUCCCGCCGCCACGGCUCAGUGGUGGGGAGGCGCUCCCGAGUGUGCUAUAAGAACACCCCAGCUAACAGCCUUCUCUUCUUACUUCCGGCAGCAAUCUUGCCUGUCCUCAGCCUGGUCCGCCGCCGCAAGCCCCUCGACAACCAUAACAUCCGGCUCCUCGACCAUCACCCCGGCCCCGUGGAACGGCUGGGGCCCCGGCGGAAGCGGCGGCUACUGGCCCGCGCAGUCCGACUACUGCGACGCCGGCAAGGCCAGCGCGGUCAACGCGUGCGUCAACUCGGCCUGCACGUCGACCCUGUCCUCCCUGUUUGCGAGCUACACCUCGCUCUCGUCGUCGCUGUGCUCGCGCUACGAGUCCUGCCUCGCGGCUGACCCGGCUGCCGCCACGGCGGUCCAGACCAUCACAUUCCCCGCGGGCCCGGUGACCUGGGCCGCUCCGGGGGGCUGGGGUCCCGGCGGCGGUGGUGGUGGUCCCGGUGGUCCCGGGGGCCCCUUUGGGUGGAAGAAGAGAGGUGUCGCCGACAGCUGUGUCGGUCACGGUGGUGGCGGUGCCGGACCCCACGGCCGGCGAGAUUCGCCUUUGGGGGGUCCCGGUGGCUCUGGCGGUUGGGGAGGACCUCCUGGUGCAGGUGCUGGUGCCGGCGGCCCCGGACCGUGGGCACCCGGCUGGGGGGUCGACAGCACCCAGGCGAGCAGCUACUGGUCCGAAUGGGCGUCUGCCUGGUCCGCGGGCAGCACGGCGACGUGGUCCGGCGCGACGGUCACCGUGACGGGGGCGGCCGCCGCGUGCAACAGCUUUGCCGGGUCGCCGUGGUUCGUCGGCCCCGGGGGCGGGUGGAACGGCGCGGGCGGGUUCAACGGCUGGAUCGGCUGGGGCAGCGGCUGGAGCUGGGGCCCGACGACGACGGUGACGCAGCUCGUCACCACCACCGGCUCUGGCGGCUCCUCCACCGUGGCCACCCGCCUGGCCACCCUCGCGCUGGCCGUCAGCGGCGACUUCACGACCGGGUCGACGGUGGGUGCCGCGGCGGUCACGGGUGCGCCGAAUUCCGGAUCCGGUGCCGCGCCCGCCGCGCGGUCGGCCCUGGUCGGCGGUGAUGGGGAGGGGAGUGUCGUGACUCGCAUGUGUGCUGUCGCGGCUCUAACCGUCUUCCUGCUCGUGGGGUUGCUGUGA